AUGAAUCGUUAUAUUACCUUAAGUCAGCUGGGUGACGGCACCUACGGCACAGUAGUGCUUGGCCAGCGUAAAGACACUGGAGAAAAAGUGGCCAUCAAACGGAUGAAACGAAAAUACUAUUCAUGGGAGGAAGCAAUGAAUCUUCGAGAAGUUAAAUCGCUUAAAAAAUUAUCUCAUCCAAAUAUAGUGAAGCUCAAAGAAGUUAUAAGAGAAAAUGAUACAUUAUAUUUUGUAUUCGAAUACAUGAAAGAAAAUCUGUAUCAGAUGAUCAAAGAUCGUGAAACACAUUUGCCAGAACCAACACUAAAAAGUAUAUUAUUUCAGGUUUUUACUGGUUUGGCGUUUAUGCAUCGCCAUGGAUUUUUCCAUCGUGAUUUAAAACCUGAAAAUUUACUGUGUUCUGGUCCAGAAUUAAUAAAAAUAGCUGAUUUUGGCUUAGCAAGAGAAAUACGCUCAAGACCGCCCUUUACCGACUAUGUAUCAACAAGAUGGUAUCGGGCUCCUGAAGUUUUAUUGCACUCAACGACAUACGGUAGCUCUAUUGAUAUGUGGGCAAUGGGUUGUAUUAUGUCUGAAUUGUAUACAUUUCGUCCUUUAUUUCCGGGCAGCAGCGAAGUUGAUCAACUUUAUAAAAUAUGUUCCGUUUUAGGGACACCAGACAAGAAUGAUUGGCCGGAUGGUUAUAGAUUGGCUACAGCCAUACAUUUUCGAUAUCCCGACUGUGUGCGAGUACCUUUAAAUUCGAUAGUAACGCGAUGCAGUCAAUCCGGUUUGGAUCUGCUCGAAGAUUUGUUACUCUACGAUCCAGAUAAAAGACCAACGGCACAGCAGAGUCUUAAAUAUCCGUAUUUCAAUGCAAUGAAACGUAUAUCGCCAGCAGCAGCUACAAAGGCCAAUGUCAAAUUGACCGCCAAAUAUGGCAACAACUCGAAUUUGACACACAAAUUGUCAAGCAAUGUGCUUCCGGUACAAGAAAAACUACAAACUCUAACCGAAAUAAUACAACGCAGUAAUAUGAAUAAUAAUAAAAAUAACAACAAUAACAACAACAACAUUAACAAUACUGAGAUCUCAGCGGCCAAUUUAAGUAGUUCAAAAAAUGGUCACAUUAUAGUACAACAAGCCAAAAAUGUCAGCCAAAUACCGAAAAUAAGUUUUCUAACCAUGAACACAAACGAUCUGAUAAAUCCACCGCUAAAUAAAUUUCAACAAAAAUCCCUAAACGAAUCGGGAUCCGUGAAAAGUGAAACAAUACGAUACAACACAAUACUUGCACCCUCGAGUAACAUUUACCUAAGUACCGGAAAUCUAAAUCAAAGUACUGAAAAUUUGAAUCGCAAUGAAUCGAUAAAUGAUAUAUUCUUGAAUCGUAAUAUAUCUCAACUAUUCGGUCUGAGUCAAACACCAGCCUCGAAUGUACAAGCACAGCAUCCGAAUGUGUCCUUCCAUAAUGGCAACAUUAUGGGUAACAAUAACCGGGGCACCAAUGCGAUCUACGUCAAUGGUACACGCAAUUAUGCACUUUACGAAACUGCUGCUAAAAAUGCCAAAAAUUCGGCCAACAUUGGGGGCUACUAUGUUUAUACGAGACCAUCACAAGAUUAUGGUGUAAAUGAGACGAGCAAAGUGUACAAUAUGUUUUCGAAGGUGGGAAUGAAACAAAAUAAUGCACCUGCCGAACUGAUCGUACGCAACGCAUAUGAGCCAACUAUGAUGGGAAGCAAAGUGUAUGUCAAUAAUGAUCAUUUAUCGGCGCGAUCACAGGUCGGUUGUUACGAAAUAAAUCGAAAGGAAAGAGAAAAUGAAAUGCUGUUGGCAAAUGACGAGUCUAACUAUGAAAAUAAUACGAAAAUGCAGGAGAAUGGAGAUGAAUUGGAUACUGUAUUGGGAACCAAACUGAAAAGCUCUGCGAAAAAACAAAGGAAUUCAAAAUCAAAUAUUCUCUUAGAGGAUCUUUUCGGACAUCUAUCCAUGGAUUCAGAUGUGAGUGAUACAAAAUUCCCGGAUCAACUUGUUACGGAUCGUACAUCGAAUAUACCCAUAAAAAAGCAUACGAAUCAACUAAGUAGUAUCGAAGCAAAUAAUGGCAGUCGAACGGAUUCUUUUACCACCAAUGCAGACCUUUCACCCACAGAACACAACAAUCUGUGUUCGAAUGAUGAAGACGAUUGCCAAUUCUGGCCCAUAAGAGCCAAAUUUGAGGGAAACCAAAACACGCAAUUCCCUUGGGAUGAAACGAAUAAAACGGAAGAUGAAAAACUAACAGCCUGGAUGGUCUCCGACAAUGGUAAAUUAAAGUAUGCAAACAACAUUUAGAGA